GAAGGACGAGCAUUUAAGAUUCCGUCGAAACAGUUAUUGGUUAUUUACUGAAUUAAUAUAACCAAGCGAUUUUCUUCUUAUGGAAGAUGCAUUAUUGUAAUGGGUUUAUGGGGACGGGACGGCUUAUAGGAUGUGUUUAUGAAAAGAAGUAUUCUAAUAGAUGUUAUAAAAGCAUCGAUACAAAGAAUUAAAAGUUUAAGUGAAAAAUAACGUAAUUUUAAUUGAACGUCAAUUGCUCGGCAAAAAUGAAUUAAUGACGUAUAAAGUGCCGUUGACUUUCCUACAUCAGAAGGUGUCUGUUCUGCAUUAUUGAAACCUUUUAGGAUAUUGUUACUACUGUUCUGGGUGAUAAACAAUGUUAUUAAAGAAAAUAUUAUACGGGCUGAUAUUUUGACUUGUGGGCUGGAUAUAAUAAUUGUAAUAUAUCAGUGUAUCAGGAUGUAGAUAGUGUUAUGAAUUUUCUCUGUGGUUGGCAACUAUGAAUACAACACGUUCAAUCAUUGUCGGCUCGAGCGACGAGGGUCUUUAUUGGCUAAACAACGAUACGAGCGAAAUCGUUGACAAGCAAAUGGGCAUUGAAAAUGGAACUCUCAACACCAAUAUUACAGAUACCGGAAGGAAUGAAGGGCUAGCCCAAGCAGAAAUUGCUGUGUUAGGUGCAAUUUUAUGCAUGGCCUUACUGGGUAACUUGAUCGUUAUCGUUGUUCUUAUGUACAAGAAGAGGAAAUUAAGUCGAAUGCAAAUGUUCAUUAUUCACCUAGCGGUUGCUGAUAUUUCUGUAGCCCUUUUUCAGGUAUUGCCACAACUUGUGAUGGAUAUUACAUUUAAAUUUGAUGGAAACAAUUUUCUUUGUAAGCUUGUAAAGUACAUGCAAGUUGGAACAAUGUAUAGCUCCACCUACGUAUUAAUCAUGACCGCAUUAGACCGUUAUCUGGCUAUAUGUCAUCCGCUAAAUUCGCAGAUAUGGACAAGAAAGAGAGUACAUGUUAUGGCUGCAAUAGCAUGGAUCCUUUCUGCCAUAUUUACAUUACCACAGUUAUUUAUCUUUUCGUACAAACAAAGAUUUGAUGGAGUUUACGACUGCAUGGACAAUUUUGAUUUGCAAAAGCAAUUUUGGACAUUGCAAGCUUACGUUACAUGGAUAUUCAUAUCAGUAUAUGCCGUUCCUUUUGUGAUACUGACCAUAUGCUAUACAAAGAUUUGCCAUGUAGUUUGGGUAAGCGUGAACGCAAAAGAGACACAUAACGCAGUCCAUCGCAAAACACAGUCCAGAAACGGGUCUUCGCGGUAUCACACCGUGGAGACUGUAACAAACCCGAGAGCUCACUCAAAGAAAAUGUCCAAGUCCAAAAUCAAGACUGUAAAACUUACACUUACUGUUGUGAUCUGCUUUAUCGUAUGUUGGGCGCCAUUCUUCAUUACACAGAUGUGGUCAGCGUUUGAUAUGAACGCACCUUACUUCACAAGUCAUAUAAUGGCUAUCGCAACGCUUCUGGCCAGUCUCAACUCUUGUACAAAUCCUUGGAUUUAUCUCGCAUUCUCCAACAAACUGUGCAAUAGAAGAAAACCAACGUCCAUGAAAACCUGGAUGUCAACUGCAAACACAUACAUGUCUGAAACAGAGAGAGAUCAUUUGCGCAUGCGGCAGUUAAAUCCGGAAAAUAUGUCAUUGUCGUUGUCCAGGUCAUUCAAUGACUGAUACUUGACAAGAAUAAUAAAAAUAUUGAUUUAUAAUAAGUUGACACCAUGCUACACACAUUCAACAAGCACAAUACUGAUUAUAUUCCAUCAAAUCAACAUUUGUUUUAUCAUAUGAAUACUAAUUGCUUAAAAUUAUACGUGUUAUUUUCAUGACCAGUUGCUACAUGCUAUUGGGAAAAUUAUUACAUUUAGCUUGGCACAUCAAGCUUACAAUCCGAUGCACAAAGGGAGUUGCAGUUGUUAAGAUUCACAUUUGUUGAUGUUGAUGUUGCUGUGAUGUCGUAGUUUGUACACAUUAAGUGAUUUUUAUUUAGAGCGUUUUGUGUUAAAGCGAUCACUAAGCUUAACUUCAGAUGACAUAUAUGAACAAGCACAUGAAUGCUAGAAAAAAGUAUUGUCUAGAUCUACAUUUGUUAUUUUGGUAUUCAGAGAUGUUUACUUUUUUAUUAGUAAGGAUCUUUAAUUAAUCCUAAAUGGAAAAAGGAACAACCACCAUGAGCUGUAUUUAUUAUCUAUAUAUGUAUACAUAUUGAAUCAAACUUUAUACGUAUUUUUUUUUAUUUUCAAGAGUAACGCUAGGGACAAACAUGUAUUUUACGCUCAUGUGAACAUGUAAUCGGUAUAUAUAAAUAUCUCUACAAGAAUUACAAUUUACAGAACAAUUGUGUUACAACACAUGCUCUAUAGCUUCCACGGUAACACAUUACAAGAGACAAUAUCAUUCUGAAUAUAAAAAAGAUUAUGUAAUAUUUUAAUAAAGAACACACAAGUUCAGCAUGAAUAUCCAAUAAAAAUUCUUGCGAUU